UGCGCUUACCCCCUACCGCCACCAACCUGACCGGCCAGCCGCCCCGCCGUCGCCGCCGUCCACCGCCGCGAUUUGUACGGCGCGAUCACACGAGGAAGCAAGGGAGGGAAGAUGAGGAGCAGCGAGGCCAUGGAGCUCCUGGGGUUCGCUCCCUACUCCCGCCCGUCCCCUUCCGAGGUGAAGGCUGCGUAUAGAAGAAUGGUCAUGGAGUCCCAUCCCGAUCGUGUACCUACGCAUCAGAAGACUCAAGCGGAGUCGAAAUUCAAGCAGAUAGUAGAAGCAUAUUCUUGUUUGAAGGAUGGUAGAAGAUUUGGGAACAGAUUGGAAGUACAUGUAAUGAGGUCUGGUGUUCCAGCGGGAUACGGAAGAUCAAACAAGAUAUUGGUUAAAGCGCCAUUUCUGCUCAUAAUUUGUGCUGCGGUUUCCUUUGGUUCCUACAGCGCUUCGAGGAACAUAUGCUUCUGGGAGCCGGCACCGCUCCCGUUUGUUUGCGGGUAUAUUCUAGGAGCAAGUGUUCGUUAUUCAAAGAUCCAUUCAGACCAUGCGGAAGAUUGGAGAUCGUACAAAUCGGUUUAGUAGAGUAGAGGGCAUAACAAUCUUGGCAAAAACAUACAAAUUGUCCAAAUUUUUCUCAUGUUGAAGCCAUUUGGGUAUCUUUUUCUAUGCAUGAUGAACAGCUACCGACAGCUCGCUAUUGAACAAGAUGCCAAUCAUCA